UUUUGGGCUGGUCAUCACUCAAGUAGGUAUGGCUGGGUCUGGGAAUCUGGCCGAGGCCGGGGUUUAGUUUUCGGUUGCUAGUCGCAGAGUUUGAGCGGUCAAGGGUAGGUGGUACCGCAGCGGGAUCAUCGUAACGCGUGACAGUGAAUAAUCAAGCAAAGGUACGUGGAGGGGUGACCAAACAAAAAAGAAAACUCGAAAUAGACUUUGUGCGGACAAGUAAAAAAAAGUGAUUCGUGUCAGCAACAAUUAAAUACUCAAUAUAACAAUAAAUUUUAUUGUUAAAACUUUAUUAAACGUCAUCAUCAUCAAGUUUUAUUGUUAAUCGUUUCAGUUUGGAUCCCCCUUUCGCGGCUACUCAAGACUGUUUGAUAGUGAGGACUCUGGAACGCCCUAACAAAAUUAGUGAACAACAAGACUUUGGUAACUUAUAUUUUUCAUCACGGCCCGACACGGGUUUGUUGCUCGCGUCGGGUCCAAGGUACAGGUGCGAGUGCGUGCAAGGUGAGGACUCGUGAUCGCUAGCGAAGUGUAACAAUGGACGGCAGCUCAAAGCAGCCGUCAUCAGACGUUACAGCAAUGGAUGGAAGUGGUAGCAACAAAAGCAGUAAUAGCCACAGGACAAAUUCCAGUACUGGUGAUACUGAUUCGUCAGCUUCUUCACCAGCUCCAUUGGCAGCUACUGCAGGCAAUGAUCCUGAAUACUGCACGUCGGGUUCAAGUACCACCAUGGCUAUGAUGACCGCAAGUAGUGACAUCAGAAGCAAUAGCUUUGCUCUGCCAACCCCAAUACCACCAUUGUCGCCAGGGUGUGGCUGUAUGCUCGUGGACCCGCCGACGAGCGACCUCGACGAGAUUACUAUCAGCAUUACACCCACCACUGGUGGUCAAUUUGAACUUAUUGUUGAGAGAAAUGAAACCAUUGAGAAUCUUAAAAAAAUGAUAUCUAAAAGGCUAAAAGUUGCUAAGGAACGCAUUUGUUUACUGCAUCGAGAGAGGCAGCUACGUGAUGGUACACUGAAGGAAAAUUGUCUUCAAGAUGGCAGUCGACUUACUCUCCUUCCUAGUGUAGAAACUGGUCUUAUGGGACAACGCCCAGAACAAAGUGUAAUGCAGGCACUAGAGAAUUUGAAUGACUCACAGGUGAAUGACUUUCUAUCUGGCAAAGCACCUCUUAAUCUGACGAUGCGUCUGGGUGAUCAGAUGAUGUUGAUACAGCUGCAGUUGUCAACAGUAACUCCAUCAUCGCCUCCUGCUAGUUCAGUGGGUCCCUCUACUGGUGUUGCCACGUCAAGUAACAUAGCGCCAUCGCCAUCGUCGCCAUCAUCAUCAUCAUCAUCAGGAGCAACAUCACCUUCGUCACCAUCACCAUCAUCGUUAUCGACAUCGCCGUUAUCGCCCUCACCUUCAUCUUUAUCACCUUAUGAAAAUAUUGGAUCAAAUAACAUCGGCAACACAUCAGCAAUGUCGUCAACGUCGACGUCGAUGACCUCCAGCUUAGACUCACUAUCAACGCCCGUACACAGGAGGUUGAGCGAGCACCUUGGCCGAUCGAUGCGCAUCGCCAAGCAGAAUGGGCACACACCCGGCGGAACUCCGUCACUGAUAAGCAGCCUCGCCUCAGCGCUUCACGCCGCCAGCUGCAGCACCACCAGCCUCUCUACUGCCACAACCACGACAAAUCCAUGUGGCGGUGAACGGGACGUAUCCCCAUCCACCUCGUCAUCCUCAUCAUACUCACCGCCACUCUCGCCGUCAUCAUCAAGAGUAGUCUGGCAUCGCAAACAACUUUUACACUAUCGUCAUCCCCAUUAUCAUCAUCAUUCUCAUCAUCAUCACCACUCAAGGAAAGAACAAACGUCUUGUGAAUCCGUACAAACUUCUACCUCUUCACUUACUAGCCUUACAGACCCCUCGACCUCAACUACGACAACUCAAGAUUCAUCAUCUACAACACACUGUACCCCGCCAAAGAAAAAAUUAUGUACCAUGAGUCAUCAUCAAUCACCAGUAGACUCAUCGAGAAUUCCUGAUUCAGAUUCCAGUCUUCAAACCCCAAACAAUUCCAUUAUGAGCCUUUCUACCAGCAGUAAAAUAGCUGCUGCUACACUCGACACCCGAGCACUGGCUGAAGCGUCGCGUAACCUGACGCAGAAACUCAAGCAGCUUUCGUCUGAGGAACACGCCCGGCGUAGACAGGGUGCGAUAAUUGAAAGCAUGCAUCAUCAUGGGAAAGGCGUAUACUCGGGUACUUUCAGUGGUACACUAAAUCCUGCACUCCAGGAUCGUCAUGGCCGUCCAAAGCGCGACAUUAGUACUAUUAUUCAUAUUCUCAAUGAUUUACUGUGUGCAACUCCAGCUGCAAGUACUAGUCACUAUAGACAUCAUCAUCGGCAUUCUAGUAGUCGUCAACAAUCUUCAUCAACAUCUCCUUCAGGUUCUACGAGCACCCCGUGUGGCUUAACUUCGCCUAAUGCAACUUAUCAAGACUUAUCUCCUACGUCUGAAUACUCAAUAGAGGAACUAUCAAGAGAAAAUGAAGCGACGAAAGGGAAAAUGCGACGACUACGUUUGGUGAUGGAACAGCGACGAGCUAAACGGAAAGCGAGACGACAAGCCCGCGCCGCGCCUUACACGACGCAAUGGGCAGCUGUCACUCCAGAAUCAAAUCAUGAGUCAACAUCCUCAACAUCAAGUAACACAUCAGGCACAAAUUCAACAGAUCAACAAAACGAACCAGAGUUGCAGCCAUGCAGCCCAGAGCCUGUGGUCGCUUGAAAUCAGUGCGUACGCACCCAACUAUCCUUAAAACAGUAAUCCGAUAAAUGACAUCGCAUCGUUCGUCAAAUUCGCAUCAUCUGCCAACUACUGGCUCUUCUAACGUCUACUUAAUUUUCGUCCCGCAUCCAAUCCGAUUAAAUUGACAGACAGAAAACCGGUGAUGGCUGUCAGUUUAUUGUGGUCACAUACCAGAAUUUACGUUUAUAUUUAAAAUGAUCAUCAAUAUGGAAGAUCAUGAAUAGACAAUAAACGGAUUAAAAGGCUGUGGCAAUUGAAGAUAAUAAAAAAAAAUAAAAUGUGAUAUUAUACGGGCGAUGGAUUAAAUAAAAUCGGUCACUGUUGUUAAUUCAGUGCAAUCAUUUUUCCCGCGUCAGAACAUUUAUGUCCAAAUAAUUUUUUUAAAAAAUAAUUUUUAAAUUUAUGGACCUACUGAACGCGAGAAAUAUGCCGUCGAGUGAUUAACAGUCACGAUAUUAUGUAUAAUAAAUAUCGUUAAGUUUCGUAACGAUAUUCUACAAUUGUCGUGGUCAAUUGUAUGUAGUUUAAUAAGUAGUACAUUAAGUUAUUGAUUUAUAUUAAUCACAAAUUCACCCUCAAUUGAGAAAUGAUUUUGUGAUUAAUUUUAAAUCGCGCAGCAAUAGUUUUUAUGUUAUUAAAAAAAAAAAAAUAUAAUAAUAAGUAAAUGAAUUUUAAACGUUGAGUAAAAUUUAUAAUAAUUAAUAUGAAAUAUUUUUUUUUUAUUAUUCUUGAUAUUGUGAAAAAUAUUGACGGAUAAAAAAAAAAUAUAUAUAAUUUUUUAGCCUUUAAUUUUUAAAUAAAUUUUUAAGCUUUACUUGCAUAUUUAUCUUAUGCAAAAUUUUGCAAGGAGAAUAUAGUAGGGUUAUUUCGAAUACAAAGGGGGAAAAUGA